AUGCAGACACACAUUCAGUGCCCUCCCCCACAUCUGCAUAAACAAUCCUAUCCCGCCUUCAAAGCCCAUGUGAAAUUGCACUUUCCCCAACCCCCAACACCCAGCUCCCAGAGCGCUCUCUCUCCUGUGAACUUGAACAGCAGUUAUUGCCUGCACUAUUCAUUUUAUUCUGAAUCACUUACUGCCUUCCAUUGUUCUCUCAUUGUUAGUUCUGUCUCCCACACUCAGAUCUUUGACAGCAGGGAUGGGUCUUCAUCUUUUCUAAACCCUCCUCAGCACCUAGCAGCGUGGCAAACAUAG